GGGCCGGGCCGGGCCAGACGGCAACAUGUUGGGCAUGAUCAAGAACUCCCUGCUGAGCACGGUGGAGACGUGGCCCUACCGGGUGCUGAGCAAGGGGGAGAAGGAGCAGCUCAGCUACGAGGAGAGGGAGUGUGAAGGUGGGCAGUUUGCUGUGGUGGAGGUGACGGGGAAGCCCUUCGACGAAGCCUCGAAGGAAGCAGCGCUGAAGCUCCUCAAGUAUGUCGGAGGAAGCAAUGACAAAGGCGCUGGAAUGGGCAUGACUGCUCCUGUCUCCAUCACUGCUUUUCCUGCUGAAGAUGGCUCCUUACAGCAGAAAGUGAAGGUCUAUCUGCGAAUCCCGAACCAAUUUCAAGCCAGUCCUCCCUGUCCUAGUGAUGAAAGCAUUAAGAUUGAAGAGAGACAAGGGAUGACCAUUUAUUCCACGCAGUUUGGUGGCUAUGCCAAAGAGGUGGACUACGUGAACUACGCUGCCAAACUGAAGACUGCUCUGGGAAGUGAAGCUGCCUACCGCAAGGAUUUCUACUUCUGCAAUGGUUAUGACCCCCCUAUGAAGCCUUACGGGAGACGCAAUGAGGUCUGGUUUGUAAAAGAGUGAGCAUCUGGAUCCCAGUGAUGCUCCUUGCACUGACAGGCUUCCCAUACUCUGUCUCUAUUCUCUUCAAAAUAAACUAACAAUUUGGCAGAGGCAGAAAGCCAUUACCCUCUCCCUUCACACCUAUGCCUUGCUCUGUUAUGGACUAACCAUUUUAGAAGAAAGAACACUGCCCACUCUCCUGAUGAUCCCGCUCCUUCAUUGCAGACCAAGUUCUCAAUCACAGACACUCAUGAUCUCACAGUGUCUUGCUUUUAUCUUCCUCAUGCUCCCAAAGUUCAAUGCUGAGACAGCUGAAGUAAUCAAUUACCAGGACUGGUUCCUGACAGGAGUUAUGUCCAAGUGCUGGCAGGCUAUUAGUCUUACCUGAGGCAGGCAGGGGAAUAUGAUGAGAUACAGGUAUUUUUUUUAAUCAUCUUGAGCUUGCUGCAGCAGUAAGAUGCUGUUUUUAUCUGUGCCAUUGGAAAGGCAGCGUAAAGGGACAUAAGCAUCGCUACUAAAACAACGCAGUGAAAAUAACCAUCCUUUACACUUUCUUAUAGUGUGCAGGAAAGCAACAUUUUUGUCAUCUGAUUGGAAAAAGUUAUUUGGAGGAAGAUUUCUGUUUGCAGCUGUCCCUUCGGUUUGACGUAGGACAUUGUAGACUGUGUUGUGUUCUGAUCUCGGCUAGCAGCUGGGCGGUGUGACGAGUAAGACCCCGAGAUCAUUUCAUCACCUUCCUGUUACUCGUGUGUAAUACUGCUCUAAAACUAGCCUACCAAAGGACCAAAGUUGAAAUGCAUGUGGCAUUCUAAUUGAAUUAGAAAAAUAGAGACUGUGAAAAAGCAGGUACCUAUUACUUGUCAUCUGAGGGUGCGUUUGAUGAAUGAUGAGCAUCUAGUGGGCUGUCUGUAAGUGCAGAUCUCUCUUCUUAAAUGAAGUGAGUUUUAAAAGGGCUACUCUGAGCAGCUGUCUUUAAAGAAGGAGGAAAGCCUGGUUGUUCUUGAAAACAUGGCUUUACAUCAGAUACUGAGCAGCCUUUCUGAAACUUCAGAUAGAAUAUUAAGGAUGGGUCUUGUUUUAGGAGCACUGUCAGUCUUUCCUUGGUAAGCAUCAAAUCAGCAUUUUAGCUGUCAGCUCUGCCAGGGAGACGGCAGAAUGCCGAUAAUGGUGAUGCAAACUGUGCCACUAUGGAUACCUGUACAAUUCCUUGCUCUGCUAAAAAGUGCACCCCUCUGAUGCUAAAGUGCCUCGGGGUUCAGGUGCUCUCCAAAAGACACUUUCCCUCUGGAGCUGAACACAAUUGUUCAGAUGGUGUCCUGGCUUCUGUCCAGUUGAGCUGUGUGACCCGUGUCUUCUUUUUGGGAACAAAUCUUAUCAGUAGUAGGAGAAAACGUGAAGUUCUGACGUUUUUUUUCUUUUCUCUUUUGCUGAGCCAUGUAAGAACUUCACUGUGGACCUCACAAGAGCGUUUUCAGUUCCCUGUAUGCAACAGCAGCUGGUCAGGACUUGCAAAAGUAGAUGAGUACUUAGUUUUCAAAAAAUGAAAGCAAGGGAAAAGCUGUUUGCCAUGGUUAAUGAUUACAGCACAGGGGAAAAGAAAUCAAAAGGAAAUCAAGGGAAACAAAGGGAGUUCAGGAAGCCUGGUAGGCUGUGAAGGACUUUUUUAAGAAGCAAAGGCCUUUCUAAGGCCAUCCCCCAAGGCAAAGGGACUUGUUCUUACUACCAGCUAUUUUUAUCAGCAUGGAUGUGGAAUGGAAGGAUGUAGUUCUGCCCUGUUUAUGCAUUCCUGAAUUGAUUUUGGAAGUCACAUAUAGACUAUCUAUGGAUACAGUCAUUUCUGGCUACCGACAAUACAAAUAUAUUACAAUGGUCGUAAUCCUGAAAUUCCUCAAAAUUCAUGCUGUGAAGUCUCAGAUGUUGGAAAGAUCAGUAAUAAACCUGAUAGGCACAGAGCUGCACAUCUCAGCGGUGUGGUACAGAGCAAGCUGUUUCGUUUUGUUUUGCUUUGCUUUUCAUAAGAUGCACACACUUUCUGAAUAAAAAGCAAGGACAUCUGACCCAAUAGCAACCAGUUCUGGAAGCUCUGCCUCUGCAGCCCUGCUGCUGGCCUUUAGCACUGAGCAGACAGGGUAAAGUUUCAUAAACAGUGUUACUGGUAUCAAAAGCUUAUGCAAACUAAACUGCCUUUUCUAUACAAGCUAAGAUGCCUGUGUUCUGUGUGCGUUCUCUAGAAUUUGAAAUAAAUACAAUAGUGUCAGUUACAGUUUUUGCUGAUCACUAACUUUGUGAGCUUAGUGGGAGCUGUUGAUUUGGAAGACUUCAAAUGGCCAGUUUGGGGUAUUAAUCACCUCACGUCUAUAAGAAGUCAUAAUGCUUUCUCCAAUAAAUUGCUAUUUUUGGUA